CUUGUUCUUCUUCUUCUUCUCUCUCUGUCAACAAAAAAAGAAAAAAAAAAAUCCGUUCAUCGGAAAAAAAAUAAUGCUCUCAUUUCCGUUUGCUCCGAUCAAAAUCUCUUGAAACAAAUCCACAAGCUUCCUCUAACAAUUCCUACUCCAUUUCCUCGAUUUCUCGCGUUUUCCGUUUUCAGAUUGAAGCAUAGACCUUAAAUCUAGGGUUUCGAAGAUGGAACUGGAGGAAUCUAUGAGUUUCGAUUUCACUGAGAUUUUGGACUCCUACUCACAUUAUCCCACCGGAAAUUUAUCUGUGUCUCCGGUUGGUUCUUACGCCGCCGAGGUCGUCGACGAGAAGAUCAGAGACAACUACGCGUUUAUGGAUUCCGUUUUGAAAGACAACAAAUCUGAGUUUGUUCUCCACGCGAAACGUCUCUUAGCCGGAGAAGACGCAGAGUCCGAGAGAAUCGAAGCGUUGAAGCUUCUAAGCGCUUGUUGUAGUUGCGAUUCGAUUAACUGUGCUUCUUCAAUCAUCAACGGAGAAGUUGGAUCGGUUCCGUACAUCAACGAUGUGAGUGACGAGACAGGACUCUCGCCUCUUCACACGGCGGCUGAGUCUCACGCGCUACGGUGUGUUGAGAUGCUUCUGAAACGACGUGCUCGUACUGAUAUGAGAAGCAAAGAUGAACGCGCUUUGAUUCCUCUGGAGCUGUCUCUCUCCAAUGGCAGCAUAGAUGUGACAUGGAAUCCCACUAGUGACUCGAUUAGACACUUGAUCCUUUUGCUUGGUGACAAGGACUUGACAGUUGUGAAACUGCUUGCUGAGAAGACAAAGGAAGUAGACGCUGUGGCUUUUGCAUAUGCCACGGCUGGUGAGAUAGUUUCUUUGACUGCAUUGCUGAUUCUAGCACCUGAGAAGAUUAGAGAAGCAAUUGUAACAUUACGGGAUGACAAUAAUUCUAAGCGAAAGCCGAAAAGAAAAACGAUCUAUGAGGCUGUUAUUCAAGAAGCACUGCGAAGUAAUAGCUCCAUGCAAAGUGUAUGCAGCGACAAAAGAAUUGUUUUGCUUAGAGAGAUUGAGCUCCUUCAGCUCUUUGGUGCUGCAAUUUUUGUGGAUGAGCAAACCUCACCGCUUAUCUCUAUUGUGCAGGAAGGGGAUGAAGCUGUUCUUGAACUGGUUUUAAACACCAACAUCGAUGUUAACGAAAUAGAUGCAGAAGGGAAUACUGUUCUUCAAUGCAGCCUGAAGGGAUCGUCUGUCCCACAUAAGCAGCAAACCAGAAUCAUGCAGCUACUUAUUGCACACGGUGCCCGAGUUAGCCAAAAGAACAAGUUGGGUUUAUCUGCAGUACAUUUUGCUGCUGCAAAUGGAAAUUUAUCUGCACUUGAGAUGCUAUUAUCGGCCAACCCUGACUUGGUUCACAUCAAGACAGUUAUCAAAGAGACGCCACUAUUCUUUGCAGUGAAGAAUAAUCAUCUUGACUGUGUUGAGUUGCUUCUUCGAUUCGGAGCAAGUACAGAGAUUCAUAAUCUACGAAAGCAGAGACCAAUAGAGCUGACACAGUCACAAGAUAUACGUUUCCUCCUUAACCCAACAAAUAUCAGUUGCUUUAGCAAAGAAACGGAACUUGCACAGUCACAGCGUGCAAUUUCAACAAAAGCAGAUGACGAAGAAACUCUUAGAUUCCUCGCAAAAUCCGUGCCACCAUGGCUCAUAAAGUUUGUAAACUGGCUUCCAGGGUACCUCCGAGAUACAUCAGAGAACUGGAGAGGAGCUGGAUAUCCGCUCUCAUCACUUAAAGGUGAUUUCCGUGCUAUUUUUGGCCAGGAUAUCGAUCACAGCUCUAUUGGUUUCCCCAAGCUCAGCGACUUCAUCAAAUCAUUUCCAAAACUCUGUGAAAUGAAAGUCGUCCCCAUAGGUAUACUUGGAGAUGCAACACAUUGGGUGAUGUUACCUGUCAAGUCCAAGUGCUCUCAGCUCAAAGGAAGACCUCCUGAGCCACUCAUUAUCAACAAGAAUGACUCUGUUGCUUCUCCCAACAAACCAAAAGCCUUAUCAGUCCCUCCAGGUUUUAAAUUUUCACAAGAAGCACAUGACUCUAGAACCUUCAAAGAAGCACCAGAACCGAAACCUCAAGCACCAGAACCUCAACCUCAACCUCCUACAUUGGUUUCUUCUAACAACAACCGUUCUCAAAUAAAACAUCCGGUUCUGGAGACACUUACAAAGAUCAGAAACAGCACUUCCGUAUUCUUUCUUCGUGAGUUCGACUUUUAUCACAGCUAUGAGACAUGUUUAAAGGAAGGAAUGUGUUUCUGGUGUAACAAGAAUAUGCUUCUAUGGGCAAACUUCCCAUGCCGACACAAACUUUGGUGCAGCUCUUGUAAACAACAGGUUACUCAAUCUACUUCAGGAGAAAAGAGCCUUGAGGAAGACCAUCAUAGGUGUGUGAUCUGUGAUGCAAAAGUGGAACGUUUCGUCUUGUCUCCACCCUCUGAAUCCGAUCACCAUAGGCUUUCAAGUGGCCUCCCUAACAACCCUGAAUUAGCCACUUCAUUCCUUCAAUUCCUCAGCAUAAGGAAUUCCAUGAACAAGAUGAUGAUACAUCGGGGGAUAUAGGGGGGAAAGGAACUUACCCAACAACUUCGUAUGUGGUAAGUGUAUUUUGCUCAAUUUGUAAAUAAAAAUGAUCAUGCUGGGGUUAUGAAAGCUCUGCUUAAUAACAUUUAAAGUACAUAUGGUACAUUUAGAGGUCCAAACCAGUUCACAUAUUAUGGAAAUCUAAAAUCUUUAACGGAAUAGGAGUUUUUGUUUUUUCUUCCUCUUCAAAUCCAUGCACCAAAAAUUGUCUUUCUUCCACAAUUUACAAAAUCGAAUUUUAUGCAUGUUAUACGAAUCCUAAAAACCUACAAAGAUAACAAAACACUAUUACGACAGCAGGGAAACUGCAGAGGAUUAUAGGGAAAACCUACCGUAACAAGAGGUAAACAGUGACUUUUGUGCAACUAUAGCCAAGCACUAUCAUCAGAUAAUAUUUCCUUAACCGUGUCCAUUGAUGUUAACCCAUGGGACGUAUUCAAUUGCAUCCAGAAGCAACCCCAUAAUCAUGUGAAACCAAAAGUAAUUAGGCAAAUGUUCUUUUUUUCACCAUCCACAUGAACCCUAAGCAGCAAUGAACCAUCAACAACUUGUUUUGCAAUCUUCUUUCUGCUAUUGGGCUCAUGGAGUUUUCGCCGUCGUUACAAGCUCUUACCGUAAGCACAGACUUUGAUAAUCUUCUUCCGUCAUGAACAAAGAUACGGUUCAAUGAUGAUGAC